UGAAUAAAGAACGUCACACGGAUUCUAAAGUCUCUGCUGACGCAACUUCAGAGGAUGUCACAAUGUCCCAGGAUGAUAAGAGGGAGCAGAGUAAGCAAAAUGGAACUCAAACCCAAGCUGCAGAAAGCGAUGAGGGUCAUACUGAUGAAGAAUAUGACUUGAUUCAAAUUGAGAAGCAUGGCAUUACUGUCAGAAUUUCCAAAUAUGAAAUCUACAGUGCAAAGGACAUCACUGUGGAAGUGACUGAAGAGGUCCCACCUGAGCUAAAGCUGAAGGAAACAGAAGCCAUCAUUUCGGUUGGAUUGAAGAUGUCGCCUUCUGACGCAAUCUUUGACAGCCCUGUAAGAGUAACAAUGCCCCACUGUGGUGCAUUUACAAAGCCUACUGAUGCAGAAGUUUACAUCUAUUAUCGCAAGAACGAUUCUGCAAAGUUUAAAGCGUUUCUAUCCACCAGCACGAGUAUCCCAAAAUGUGUUGUGAGAGAUCGCGAUCUAGAUAUCGACCUGGAACACUUCUCAGAAUUCUGGAUUAUUGCUACAAUAAGAAAGAUAUUUAUUGGGAAACGUGUUAUUUGUACACCAAUCAUUCCUGUACUAGCACCUAGAAAUCCCAUGCCCGUUUUGUGGGUCAAUGUCAGGGACCAAAACGUUGCAGAAGGACAGAUUCCAGAAGGAUAUAAGGUCCCGAUUCCUGGGGAGCAGUUCUUAGUCAGGUGGCGUUCAGGGGAAUUGAAAAUUUCUUGCAAAGAAAGCACUCUGAAAGGCGAUCCUCGGAUUCUCAAGGAAGGAGAAAUCCGUCACCAAACUGAGCACAAACUAAUGUUCGAGGUGGAUACACAAAACAUUUCUGAGAAUAAAUUCAACCUACACUUCACCCUACAACAGAAUACAACGAAGGAGCUCAUCGUUCCAAUGUCGUUAAAAGAAACAGCUACGGUGAUAUCAGAGGAAGGAGCUUGCUCACAAUCAACGAUAGCGACAUCAUCUCCAUCAGCUGGCAAUCAUCCUACAGAAAAUAUAGGUUCUGCUUCUACUUCUGAAUCAAGAACACCAAGGGAAGAGUCUGCGUAUGUUUCCGAUGACAUUCUGAGGGAUAUUGCUGGGCGGGUCGACAAAGAGAAGGACGUCGAUGCUCUGGGAGGUAAACUGGGAUUUUAUUCGUCAGAAAUCUUGCCAUUCCUAGAGAAAAACAGGAAUAAACCAUGCAUGGGCACGCUACAGAUGCUUCGUGAUUGGAGGAAAAGAACAAAGAAAUCGGAAGAACGCGAACUGUUGAGACAAGCCCUUAUUGACAUCAAGUACGUUCGUUUGGUUGAUGAGCUUUUGUCUGAGUGUUGAUAAAUAACAGUUAACCAAAAAAGAGGUAAUGAAAAGAAAUGGAAUUCUUUAUCCUAAAUGUAUCGAUUUAUUGGAAUUAUCGUUAUAUAGUAGCAAAUCUAAAAGUCAAUAAUUUCCACAAAAAAUUCAAAUUGUAGAUUCAGCCUCAAAUCAACUGGCUUUCUACAUGUGUAAUGGUUUCUAUGCCAAACAGAUGAUAUUUCAAGAUGUACAUGGUGGUUAAGAGCUGAUAGAAGAGGCGUAUGGUUUACCGAGUGAAAAAGGACUGUUUGGAUGGUAAAAUGAAAAUGGAAGAGAUUUAGGCACUGAAGAAAUAAACAUAUAUAGUUAAAACAUAUGGAUUAUCCACGACACAACAGCUUUUCUUCAUUGAUUUAAUCCUAAAACCGUCGGGGUUGAAACAACCCGCCCUCUCGACAUUUUCGGCGACUAUCCGCGCUCGAUGACCUUUUACUUAAAUGUCUUGUGCGUCUAUUGAGACCAAAUUUACAAUGAAAAUGAAAAUAAAAAAAUGAAGCUCACAUUUUAUUGUUCGAAAUAGACAUUGAACGAAAUAAUCCUAAAAUUUGCCCAACUGAUCGUGGGCCCAACAGUCGCUUUACGACGCCAGAUUGACGAGGCUCUAUCCCCGAAAUGUUAAACACCAAACAUGGUCAUGAGGGACUUUUGGUCUGAACUCCCGGGUGUGAAACGGACGCUCUCUGGCGCUCUACCAACUGAUGAUGCCAUCAGUUGGCUCUACUAACUGAAUGAGGCCAUUUAUGUACGAUGUUAUUUCUUCAAUAUGCUAUAUUGUUUUGUAUUAUAUUCAUAUUUAUGUGAAACAUGUAAAAUAAAGUCAAAUCAAAUCAACUGAGCCAACACACCGGUCUAUGCCCGGGUAUGUGGUUGAAAAAUAUCUUCAGUUUGCAUUAAUUUAAAGAACACUCACAAAAUAAUUUUACUGCAUGAUUUUUAUUAAUUUCGUAUUCAAAAUAUUAUUGUGUAUGUAGCUGAGGUAAACGAAAUAAAGUAUUUCCCAAUACAUCGCAACUGAAUAUUUUAUUGUGUGUAUGAACUUUGAGAAAUAUGUCAAGAUUGACAAUGUGGUAACCAAAUUAUUAUAUUCAGAUUGUCUAAAAUAUUUCGCUCAAUUCUCGAUGAUACAAGAUCCUGUGAUAUUUUCUGUCAUUAAGUUUGAAAGGUUUUAGAGCAAAUAUUAGGUCCACCAUUCAAACUUGGACGUAUUCCUUAUAUACCCAGAGAAAUGUGUUGUAUUUACUUUAGGUUGCAAGAAGCCGAAAUAAAAAUUUCAGCAAAUGUAUAGAUAUAGAUGUAACUGAAUUGAAAAUUUACACUAUGUAUAUAUAUCUUAUAGAUAAAGUUGUGUUUAAAAGGCAGUGAAACCCUCCAGGAAAUUUAAAGUUCUGCUAUGUUUGAGAUGUUUAGCUGUGAAGUCAGGAAAUAAAAUAUUACAUUCAAUAAGGUUUGUUUCUCUGGGCUCGUCAAACAUUGUAAAUAUUAUCUAUAUUCAACACUCAGCAUGAAGGAGUGUGUUUCAUGGUGGGGACCACUCACUUCAGAGCACAACUGUGGGUUUGAAUUAUCUUCACUGAGUAUAAGGUUUAAUCAAUUAUUGAUAUCCACAUAUUUACUUUACUCUUAUUUAGCAAUUAUAACGACUUUUUUAUUUUCUGUUCCAAUGUAAACAGCAUGACAUUUUACUUUCUCCAUUGAAUGUGUUACUUAUUGAUAUAUAAUGUUAAUCAAAUUGUUUAAAGAGAUAUAUCUUAGUAUAUUGAGAGGGAGGUUACGAUGGAGGUGCUGUGGCCUAGUGGUCUAAGGCGCCUGAUUAUACACAGUAAAGUCCGGGGUUCGAUCCCCGGUCUCAGCACCUAUGCCUGUGAGCAAGGCAUUUAAUCGACGGUGCUCUUUUGUCUUUCAUUCAAAUAAAUAGAAAUGCUUUCCGCCUUCUUAAUAAACAUUUCUGCACUUCUUUCAUACUGAUAUCCUUCCAUCAUAUCGCGAAGCCAAUUUACACGAAUAUAUAUUUUGUGUAGUUAACCAUAUUGUUUGUCUUAGUAAUUGAUAUGUCUGUACUUUUUUUAUAGUGAUAUCCUUCCAGCAGAUAUCAUUUUUUUACAUCGCGAUUUACAAGAAGAUGUUUUUGUGAAAAUUAUAAUUAACCAGAUGAAGUGCCUGUUCUAUGCCAAGUUUAUCUUAGAAACUAAUGCUUUGUGCAUCAUAACUGAAGAGGAUAUUCGUUGUUUUUAUCAUGGUUACGUUAUAAAUACGAUUAUAUUGCAGUGAAUGAACAUAUUAUUAAUGCAAUUUAAAUAUACGUAGUUUAAUAGCUCAUAUAGUAACCAAUAAGAUAUUACUUAAAGGUAUUGUUUAACUUUGUGAGCAGCUGAUUUAAAAAAUUCUCAAACAAAGA